AAAUUGUGUGUCAAUUAAUUUUAGUUUGUAAACGCACUGCAACAAAUUAUGUAUGUUAUUAUUAACGACGCGGAUGUGCACCUAUUAUUCUCUUUAGUGCCCACAAGCCCUUGCAACUUCCUUUCCGACAUUUCUCGGGCAGUAUGGCGCCAAACAAGAAGGGAGGUGAAAAAAAGAAGGGGCGUUCUGCCAUCAACGAGGUUGUGACCAGGGAGUACACAGUCAACAUUCACAAGCGCAUACAUGGCGUCUCCUUUAAGAGGAGGGCACCUCGCGCUCUCAAGGAGAUACGAAAGUUCGCCAUGAAGGAGAUGGGAACCCCUGACGUGCGUAUCGACACUCGCCUGAACAAGGCUGUGUGGACCAAGGGGGUGAGGAAUGUCCCAUACCGUAUGCGUGUGCGCCUGUCAAGGAAACGCAAUGAAGAUGAGGACUCUCCCAAUAAACUGUAUACCCUCGUCACAUACGUCCCUGUCACGACAUACAAAGGUCUGCAGACAGUCAAUGUGGAUGAGAACUAAUUAUUCACUGGUGUUGAAAUACAUUUAUAAGACUGCAGUCUUGGAUUAUAUACAAGUUUAUACAAUCACUAAUUGGGAUUCUUGAUGGAGCAAUUUAUGCUUACAUAGUUUCAAGUUUUAUUAGUUGUAUGUACGGGAUACACCGCGUCCAAUGAAAUUCUCACAUGAAAAUAAAUUAUUUCUAGAGCGUC